AUGUAUUUACCUACGUUUUAUAAACUUGGUUACGAGGCUUGGACUGCCAAAAGCAAGAGAUUCUUAGGAAUACUACCCGCAGUUGGAUGUUGGGCUGUUUGGGCUCUCUAUCCCAAUUUGUAUAAUACAAUCUACACUGAUUUUAUCCCACCUCCUAAAGGUGUCUAAAGAAGAGUACAAGAAUGA